AUGAAGCUGUUCCUGGUCCUGGCACUUGCCCUCCUGGGGGCCGUCUCUGCUCGCCAGCUCCCUGAGGGCGCCCCGGAGCAGGAGGUACCAGCCGAGCAGGCCGAGGAGGAGCCCGGGGAGCCGGAGCCACCGUGCCCCACAGAGAGCGAGAGCUUCAGGGUGAUCGUGCCUGGCCAGGGGGGCUGCUUCUCUCGGUUUGUGGUUGUGAACAAUUGCCAGACAUUUUCGAGCGCCCAGAACGUGUGUGUCCGCUGCUACCGCGGCCGCCUGGCCUCCAUCCACGGCAGCGUGAUCAACCAGCACCUGAGCCGCAUGGCGCGUGCCCGCACCAACCGGAGCCAGGUGUGGAUCGGGGGCAUCACCUCCGGCAGGAACUGGUGUCUUCGCUCCCACUGGGUCGACCACAGUUCCUGGAACUACUCCAACUGGGCCAGAGGGAACCCCUGCCGCACUGGGCAAACGUGUGUCGCCAUGUGCCCUGCAGGUGGUCAAUGGAGAAGUGUGGGGUGCGGGGCUAGCAUGCCCUUUAUCUGUGAGUACUGA